AUGAAGGUUUCACUCGCUUGCCUUUCGCUGUGGGCGACCACUGCUAUUGCGCUAGCAAGAAACGGUGUUGACGGGUCAAUUCCAACGCUGGUCCCGACGGUUCCUGCGACGAUUCCUAACGAUGUCGACUCACCAGCAGUCACUCCUCGCGCAUUGGGACUUGGAGUGAGCGCAGGCGCAGACGUACUGGGAAUCACUGCUACUGUCACAAUUACUGUUGGAAUCACAAUUGAUAUCGGAGAGACCAUUACUUGCACUGAGACGGUUACUCGGGAAAAAACAGUUACAAGAACUGUCGCCGGUCCAACUACUACGUUGACUCGAACUAUCACAGAUGUUUCGACCACAACGAAGACUAUCACGACCGGUGGAGCAACCGUGACGGACGUUUCUACUGUCACAGUUACCGGGCCAGGCUCAACGGUUACUACUACUUUACCUGGAUCAACUAUAACCGAGCCAGCAUCUACGGUCACAAGUACCGUCUCAGGGCCAACGGUCACCGAGCCAGGGUCUACAAUUACGACGACUCUGCCCGGGUCGACUAUCACUCAGCCGGGAUCAACAAUCACAGAGCCUGGCUCGACAGUAACUGAACCAGGUUCGACGGUUACAACAACAUUGCCUGGCUCGACAGUGACAGAGCCUGGAUCGACUAUUACUCUGCCUGGAUCUACUGUGACUGAGCCUGGAUCGACUAUUACUCUGCCUGGAUCUACUGUGACUGAGCCUGGGUCUACUGUGACUGAGCCUGGAUCUACGGUGACUGAGCCCGGGUCGACAGUGACUGAGCCUGGAUCGACUAUUACUCUGCCUGGAUCUACUGUGACUGAGCCUGGGUCUACUGUGACUGAGCCUGGGUCUACUGUGACUGAGCCCGGGUCUACUGUGACUGAGCCCGGGUCGACAGUGACUGAGCCCGGGUCGACAGUGACUGAGCCUGGAUCGACUAUUACUCUGCCUGGAUCUACUGUGACUGAUCCUGGAUCUACUGUGACUGUGCCCGGGUCGACGGUGACUGAGCCAGGCUCAACAAUUACAGAGCCAGGUUCAACAAUCACUGAGCCUGGUUCGACUAUUAUAAGCACAGUCGAUGGGUCGACUGUGACUAUUCCGGGGUCCACAAUUACAAUCUCAGGAUCAACAAUCACCCUUCCAGGUACGACCAUCUCUGGGUCUGUCACCACUAUUCCAGCAUCAACCAUCACGAUCCCAGCCUCGACAGUAACAACUACCAUCACCCAGCCUGCGAGCACUAUCACAUUGCCCGGAGGAACCACUACUUUGCCAGGCUCAACUAUUACCUCCACAAUCACCUACCCAGCAAGCACGGUCACUAUCAUUGGAUCGACCACUAUCAUCGAUACGGUCACCAUCCCAGGUCCAACCGAGACAGUGCCCACGACAAUCACCGAGACUGUUCCUGGAUCAGGAACAACUCGGACACAGACGAACGAGAGGACGGUCACCACGACUAUUUCGUUGUCUGUGUGCUCGACCCUUGUCGCCAAUCCAACAUAUACGCCCACAACCGCGCUUCCCGAUGACUACACCUGGGGCUGUGCUCCGGGAUAUCUCUGCCAGCCCCCUCAUACGGGCGAUCGUGCUAACUGCAAUGUCGAGGCCAACCUUCCCGCAGAUGGCUACGUCUGUGCUCCUUCCGAAUGUGUUCUUGCUCCUCCCUUGAUCUAUAACCAUUCUAUUGAGGGUGGCCAGCAGUACAACUUCAGCCAAGAUUAUUACAACCUUGACCCGCGGGAGUUUGGUCUGAAUUAUAGCAUCUUCCAGUACACUGAGACUUACACGAUUUCCAGCCGCAAGAGAAGCAUGUUCGCUCCCCUUGUGGACCUUGUCGCCCCGAAACACAAGAGGGCGUCUGGCAGCAUCCCCUCUAUCUGCUAUAACAGCUGCAAUGAUGCUGCUCAAGAGCCUCAAUUGAUUGGCAAGGUAGCAGCACUAUGUGAAAGUGACUCUGCCUUUAUGAUAGACUUGAACAGUUGCAAGUCGUGCAUCAGUCGUUGGGCCUCAACGCCGUCAGAAGUGUAUUCGCAAACGCUGUUGCCAUCGUUCUCCCAGUGGCUCAACUUCUGCGCUGAUGUGACGACGACUGCCGCUAGUACCACGACACAAUCGACAGCUGCUACCACCACUGCCGAGACUACUGCUACAAGCACGGGCUCAAGCUCGACCAGCGACUCAACGGCGACGUCGCCUACGCCUACGGCCACGGGAGGGAGUACCCAGACGAGUGCAUCUGCCAGCACCCAAACUAGCGAUUCGAGUAGCUCAUCUACCAGCGAGUCAAGUGUCUCUGGCUCGACCUCUGGCUCUUCUGACACUUCUGGGUCGACUUCCGGAACUUCAGGAGCCACUGGCUCAGCGACCGGAUCUAGCAUUGGCAGUUCCAUCACCGGGGCAAGUACCUUGGCAACCGUCACAGGCUCAAACUCCGCUGGAGCAAGUGGAACGACAAGAGACAACACAGGCUCAUCUUCGGGCUCAACAGGCACCGGUUCCGGCGCAACGGGCGUCGAUGCCAUUGGUGUUGGGGCUACCGGUACAAACACAUCUGGCACGAGUCCCACUCAAACGAGCUCCCAGGGUGUCGGCGGCUCAUCUGGCUCAUCCGGAAGCCAGUCUGGCACAGCCAGCGCAUCUGCAUCUUCUCCCACAUUCAAUGCGGCACCAUCAAUGAAGAGUGUUCCACGUACGGGCUUCUUGGGUCUGUUGUUGGCUAUUCUCGCGUCACUCCUUUAA